AUGUUCGUCCGAUAUUGUGGUACACAAUUUAUCUCAAGUGCCAUGCUUAUCAAGGCUAAUCGUCCAAAGAGCUACCUAUCAAGGACAACAGGCUGGGACCAGAAUCCUCAUGGCCGAUGGGGUGAUUCUCAUAAUCCAUCUUAUGGUGCUUUAUCUGAUUAUCAGUUCUUCCGACCCCGGGCAAGUGGCAAGAAACUUGUUCAAGAGUGGGUUGUCCCCUUGAAAAGUGUUGAGGAUAUAAAUGAGGACAAAGUAAAAGAGACUUUUGAUCUUGGUUCGGCAAAGAAUCUAAGGUUGGGGAGGGCCAGGAGGUAUGUAUAUCAGAAGGCUUAUCUAGAGUUUUUCUGCUCCAAGGACAAGUUGAAUGCUCUUGUUGACAAGUGCAAGGCUUUCCCUUUCGUAACUUACAUGGCUGUGAACGAAGCAGGGAGUUGGAUAUCUAAUGUUGCCUUGACUGACGUAAAUGCUGUAACCUGGGGAGUCUUCCAAGCAAAGGAGAUUAUCCAACCAACAGUUGUGGAUCCUACCAGCUUUAGUGUGUGGAAGGAUGAGGCAUUUGAAAUCUGGUCAAGAGGAUGGGCUUUUUUGUACCCAGAGGAUGACCCAUCCAGAACACUACUUCAAAAGGUUCUCCUAAACGAUAUCGAUUUGCUUAACCCAACAUCAGAGCUUGAGAAGAGGAAGCACAAGCUCAUGCAACUUGUUCAGUUCCCAAACUCUUUUUUCGUGGAUGCGAAGUUGAGCAAGGCAAACCAGGAGCUCUUUUACAUCAUGAGUCCACCAUAUUUUCAAGUUUCGCUAAAGCUUCGACAAUGUGAUCACCUAACAGUUGCUAUUUGCAUAUCCAACAGGGGUGCUCUUUCAGGAAGAAGAGCGAGCUAUGCAUCUGAGGGAGCCAGGAUCCUCACCCCAAAAGUGGGCUCGCACACAGGUAGCCGCUGGGACCAGGGUGGCUUUCUAUCAUGA